ACUAUCACAGACACAAGGAUGGGGUCACCGAUGGGCUACACGUUGACAGCUGGAACAUAAAAGAAUAAUUACGGACUAACGGGCGAUUGUUUUAACGUAUUUAAAAUCAUGUUUCCGAAGGGAAAAGGGGGUCCUGUGCCGUCGGACGGGCAAGCUCGUGAAAAGCUGGCAUUGUAUGUCUACGAGUAUCUGCUUCACGUUGGUGCACAGAAGUCAGCUCAAACGUUCCUCUCUGAGAUACGGUGGGAGAAAAACAUAACACUUGGCGAGCCCCCUGGAUUCCUUCAUUCAUGGUGGUGUGUGUUCUGGGAUUUGUACUGCGCGGCUCCCGAAAGAAGAGAAACAUGUGACCACUCCAGCGAAGCCAAAGCCUUUCAUGAUUAUAGUGCAGCUGCAGCUCCCAGCCCGGUGAUGGGCAACAUGCCUCCAUCUGAAGGCAUGCCUGGUGGGCCAAUGCCUCCUGGGUUCUUUCAGGGUCCCCCCGGCUCCCAGCCCUCUCCACACGCGCAACCUCCCCCCAACGCCAACAUGAUGGGACCCCAUGGGCAGCCUUUCAUGUCACCUCGCUUUGCUGGAGGCCCACGAGGGCCUAUCAGAAUGGGCAGCCAGCUCCCUGGAGGCCAGCCAAUGCCUCCGAAUGUCAUGGACCCCACGCGACCUCCAGGCCAUCCAAACAUGGGUCCUAUGCAAAGAAUGAACGUACCAAGAGGAAUGGGCCCCAUGGGACCAGGACCACAGUCUGAAGCUUGGUUAUCAUUGCAGAACUACGCCGGGGGGAUGAGGCCUCCACACCCCAAUGCCAUGGGUCCUGGCAUGCCCAACAUGAACAUGGGGCCUGGAGUUGGUCGACCGUGGCCUAACCCUAACAACGGCAACAAUAUUCCCUAUUCGUCAUCUUCUCCGGGCACAUAUGGGGGUCCGCCCGGAGGAGGGGGCGGCUGCCCGCCGGGGACUCCCAUCAUGCCCAGCCCAGCAGACUCCACUAACUCUGGUGACAACCUCUACACAAUGAUUAACUCUGUUCCCGCGGGUGGGAACCGGACGAAUUUCCCCAUGGGCCCUAACUCUGACGGCCCCUUGGGGGGAAUGGACCCCCAUCUCAUGAAUGGAUCAUUAGGUUCAAGUGAUCUAGAUGGGCUCCCUAAGAACUCUCCAAACAAUUUGAGUGGAAUCAGCAAUCCGCCCGGAACACCAAGGGAUGAUGGUGACCUCGGGGGGAACUUCCUUCACUCUUUCCAGAAUGAAAACUACUCGCCAACCAUGACCAUGAGCGUGUGAUGACCAGUCUCUCCUGCCCAGAAGAACUAUGGCCCAGCCAAUGACAGCCAGUGUGUGUUUCAAGAGGAUAAACCACAUAUCUGCCAUGAUGACCUAGUGGAGCUCAGACCACCAGGGCUAACGGCAGUGGAGCCAGGUGGUAACACUUGUGAACACUUCCAACGGCCAGUCCCUGUAGCCCCAUUUUACAAGAAUGACUUGAUUCAUACCCGCAAAGACACCCCCCUGGAUCGAAACUGUUUUGAGAUAAGCUUUUUUUAUUAUUAUUAUUUAGUUACCGCCGUGUCAUUUUUGUAAUGUCAGAAGGGGUCACCAUAGAGAUGAUUCCUCUGCUUGAAUACUUUUUUUUUAUUUUUUUUAUCAUGACCCCUGAAGUUGAGGCGAUAAGUCCCGGGAGCCACUAAAUGUUCUACCUGCUCAACAAGACACCUCGAAAACAAGUGACAUAGGAACAGACUGACUGACUGCAUAUCCAGUUGUUCGGUACUGCAGUUCACCGCUAUUCCAGCUGUAUGGUUCAUGGUUCUGUUUGCUUUUUCAUUUUAUGUUUUUUUUAACCUGAACUUGCCAUUUCAUGAAAUGUAGCAAUGACUACUAUUUGAGUUCUUGCUAGGGCAUUGGCUCGCACCAAGUGACAACAGUUUUUACUUGACAAUCCAAACGUGAUGGGGAAACAGUGCAAACUCAAUAUGAAGGACUGAUAACUUUGUGUGGUUUACUCAAAUGAGUGGCAAAGAGAACCGUACUGUUGAUUUCUCUUAACUGGCAGUUCUUUUAGCAGAGGUGUUCAUAGAGAAUUGUUUAUCAGCCUGUUUUGACUGGACAUUUAAAAAAACAAAACUAUUUUUUUUAAGUUUCACACUUGCAUUAUUAUGUGUAUGUCCUUGUAAUAAAUUUGUGUUUGAAGUCUUGAUAAACUUGAUAUUGUGAAAAUCA